AUGGCUAAGGUUGCUAUGGUCCAAAAUGACAUUUAUUCUACAAUACCGUGGGACAACAGGCAAACACUAGGAACUAAAUAUGAAGAAAAUGAUGGAUUCGAACCCGACUAUGAUGUUGAUGAAAAUGAAAUGGAUAGGUCAAGAAUUAGGCCUGCUGGAUCAAAUCCGAAAGAUACACGCUCACACGGUGCACAGAGUCGUAUACUGAAUGCGACUUCAAAUGCAAACGACACAACUGCAGAUGAUCUACAGCCAGAUUAUGACCUUGCUAAACCACGCCAUGGAAACGUAGCCAUGCACAGGUCUGUGUCUACAGUUAUCCAUAGAGAUUCAGAAGCUACAUCUGAAACAAUGAAAAAUAAUGAAAACAUCACCAGCAAUACUAGAAUAGCAGCAUCGACUACCCAUAAAUGGGACCCAUUUAGACUUAUCCAUAAAGAAGAGGUAGACGAUGACCAAACAAGUCAAGAAGCAAUGAGACAAGUGUUUCGUUUUCUGGUGUACAUCUUGUUGUUUCUGGUCGUUUUGGUGAGCAGUAUCUUGAGCAAAGGGGCAUUGUUUCUUUUGGCCGCCAACUCUAAACUUGGACUUGCGUUGAAGUGCGAGAAUACGACGCUAGACCAAUGUUCUAUCAUUACGAAUCACUCGGGCGUUCACGACUAUUCCAUAUCGGUUGAUGUCAGGCAGUCUCUGGAUCCAGAGUGGGAUAACAUGACAUCUAACAAUAACAUAACAUCUAACAAUACAGAAAUACCACUGGAGAACGUUACGGUUAUAGACAAAAUAUACUACACGGGAAUAGUGCCACAGUGCAAUGUUAAUGCCGUGCGAUGGAUAUGGGGUUUGACCUUGGUGGCGUGCAUCCCAUACCUCAUUUACUUUCUGCGUUGUCUUUGGAGGACUUACUUCAGGACUAAACAAAAACCAAACCCUGUGACCUAUGUAGUUACGUUGGUGAUGGAAAGUCUUCAUUCGCUCGGAUUAGUUCUUCUGCUGUUUUAUCUAUUUCGGUAUUUUGACACUAUCAAAUCCAUGGCAUUGCUGACGGGAGUAGCCUUUGUCCCAUCUGUACUUUCGAUCUUCUUCCGUCCAAAAUCAGAAAAGGCAAAGCCAGUAAAAAUGACAUUGGACAUCAUAGCGUCUCUUGUACAAUGCUCGGUUCUCAUUACGUGGCCAGUCAUUUCCAUCAUAAAAGACCCGGGUUUUAAAAACACAGGGAACAUUAAAGAGAUAUGGCCGAUACCCGUAGCAUUGUUUCUUGUAUCAAUCGGAUGGUGGGAGAAUUUUAUCAAGUUGAAGGUGUCAUCAACAGGAAAACUGGGGAACAUGUUGUCGAAAAUAAAGAUAGACAUCCGACGCUGUAGGAGCAAGUUGUAUGCGGUAGCGAGUUUAUGGAAGAUCGCUGUGACCCUUGGGGGAAUGAUGGGUGUUAUACAUUAUGAUAUGGCGACAAAUGGGGGCCUCGAGUUCCAUCAAUGGUUCAUAUUUGGCAACCAUGAAGCCACGUGCAAGGGGCUUUCUAUAAACGGUACUGGUGGAGCGUCCGUUGGAGAUAUACCAAACAUGUACUGGUUAUGGGCAGCUAUAUGGCUGGUUCAGUUCUCAUCCUCAUUUGUAUGUUAUUUCGCUGCAAAAACAGCAUCGAAACUCUUAAUGCAAGAGAUAAGCGUGGCGCUCCCUUUGCUCCUGAGUACGCCACUUACAAUCAUCCUCAUAGUGCUUGGGUGUGAACAGUGGAAGCGAGCGCCAAACUUUCUCCAGGAGUUCAUGCCUGCCUUCGUGUUCCGGCAUUGCUCUCCGUUGAUGUCAUUCUCCGAGCUGUUUAAUUUGGCUAGAGGAGAUGGGAUGGUUAUGGUUAUGAUCGGAUGGUGGCUGUCGCAGUUGUGGAUUACAAGACAUAUCUGGGUCCCCCAGUCACAACGAUUGGCCAAGACUGAAAAGUUAUUUGUCCUCCCGAUGUUUUGUGGUGUAAUGAUAGAACAAUCACUUACACUCAACAGAAGGAAACACGAGGACAGUCACGCAGUUGAUGAUAAAAAGUCUUUAGAAGUGAUACACAAAGAGAGCAUCGCAGAUGUGCCGUAUUCGGAACUGGAUGACUUUGAUAUGCAUGGACACGAUCAGUUCAACUCAGUCACCGUUAAAAAGGAAACAAUACCAAAGAUAUAUGUGUGUUGUACAAUGUGGCAUGAAAAUGAGACGGAGAUGCUACACGUGUUGAAAUCAAUAUUCAGGUUGGAUCUGGAUCAGAAUACAAGGAAGAACGCUCAGACAUAUCUCAACAUCACCGACCCUGACUUUUACACUUUAGAAGCUCACAUAUUUUUUGAUGACGCAUUUGAAACACAUGCUCCUGGACAGCGUAACUAUACAGUCAACGAGUACGUCAAGGUUCUCGUCUCAACCAUCGAAGCUGCAGCCAGUGCUGUCCACAACGUAAAGUUGAAAUUCCCACCGCCUGUGAAACUGUCCACGCCAUAUGGAGGGCGACUUGAAUGGCGUCUUCCAGGCGGAAACACACUAGCGGUACACCUUAAAGAUAAGGUCAAGGUCAAAGAAAGGAAGAGAUGGAGUCAGGUGAUGUACAUGUACAUGUUCCUGGGCCUUAAGUUAUGGGCAGAAAUUGAUGAAAUAGGGAAGAAGCAACUUGUAGCUGACAAUACGUAUCUGUUGGCAUUGGACGGUGAUGUCGACUUUAGACCACAAGCUGUGCUGCGACUGGUAGAUUUGAUGAAGCGAAAUCAUACUGUUGGGGUGGCAUGUGGAAGAGUUCAUCCUAUUGGCUCAGGUCCCUUUGUUUGGUGUCAGAAGUUUGAAUAUGCAAUGAAGCAUUGGUUGCAGAAAUCUACAGAGCAUGUUAUUGGAUCUGUGCUAAUAAGUCCCGGAUGUUUCAGCCUCUUUAGAGGAUCGGCUCUCAUGGAUGACAAUGUCAUCAAGAAAUUCACAUAUGAAUCUUCAACUGAGCCGUCCCACUUUAUUCAAUGGGACCAAGGUGAAGACAAAUGGUUGAGUAACUUAUUACUGCAACAGGGUUACAGAAUAGAGUACACAGCCGCGUCAGACAUCAACUCAUUUGUCCCAGACACGUUUGAUGAACUGUUCAAACAGAAACGUAGAGUUAUUCCAAGUAGUCUCGCCAACCUUAUUGACCUGAUCGAUACAGCUAAGUACACUGUAAAGAAAAAUGACACCAUAUCUUGGCCGUUCUUUGCAUACCAAAUGCUCUUGCUCAUUGCAACCAUUCUGUCUCCAACAACGGUCCUUAUCGUCAUCGUAAGCUCGCUUGAGAAUCUAAUGGCAGUCUCGAGGUUAUUUGUGACCGAAAACCCAGUGAACGCAACAAUAAUGGAGCAAGGUGAUGAUGUGACUAUAUCGCCUACAUCUGUGGUUCUCAAAACUCCCGUUGAUAAUGCAGCACUGGGUGUGGCCGUUCUCAUCAACGUACCAAUCAUUAUAGCAUUCUUUGUUGUAUGUGUAAAAGCCAGUGAAAAAAUACAGCUAAAAUUUGCCAAGGUUUUGGCUGCAGUCUAUGGUAUAGUGAUGCUACUGGUAGCAAUCAGCGCUGGAAUGAUCGUUUUUGAAACUGGACUUUGUAACGCUUUCACAAUGAUGGUUGUAAUACUUGUGACCAUAUUCAUUACAUCUGGGCUUUGUCAUCCACAAGAGAUCUUUAACCUUAUACAUGGCGUGAUCUACUAUAUGGCUUUACCAUGCAUGUCGAUGUUAAUCGUGAUAUAUUCCAUGUGUAACUUGAAUGAUACAACUUGGGGCACGAGAGAGAAGUCGGUAAUUGUACAUGAGAACCCAGAAGAAAAAAUGUCCGACACACCACCAGCUUAUGAAGAAAGUUACGAGGGUUAUGCUGAUGGCAGUGAAAAAUCAAUUGUCGAGGUGACAUGGAUUGAUGACCCAGCUUUGGGCAAUGGAAAUCAGACACUUCUUCCCGAGAAGGAGUCUUUCUUUUUCGAAGACCUUAUCCAAAAAUAUCUUAAGCCAAAUAAUGAUCAAAUUCACAAAGAAAAAGAAGAGAUUGCCUUGUCUGAUCUUCGCUAUAGAAUUGUUUUUGGCUUUGGGCUUCUGAAUGCGAUGUACUUUACUUUGAUAUUGGGUCUUCAGCUUAUUAAGGAAAGAAACGUUUAUUUUGAUGUUCCUUGCAUCCUUCCUGUAGCAUUAAGGGGUACCCAAAAUAAUCCCAAUCUGCGCUUGGAGCCCAUUGGGAUUGGCUUCCUUUUGUUCUUUGGUUUGGUGUUGAUCAUUCAGUUUUUUGGUAUGAUUGCACAUAGAUUUGAAACAGCAAUGCACAUAUUGUCCUCAACCACAAUCCAAUGCUGUGCUUCUUUAAUGUCCUCAACCAAAAGGAAAGAGAACCAUCAAGCUGAUAAGAUUAAACAAGCCUUACAAACGGCUAAAGAAUUGAGCACACUGCAACCAGAUGAAGACACUAUAUCUGUAGUUUCUAUAGAUCCAAGUUUAGCUAGUUUAACGCUAAUUGGUGAAGGGGAUGACAAUGCUAACAGAAACCGCUUGAAAGGAGCACAGAAAAUUAAAGCAAGUGAACGUAAACAAAAACACUUAAUGGGAACACUUGAUGCUGCCUUUGCAAAAAGGUUUCUUAAAAUUCAACAGCAAAUUGAGACUGGGGCAGAUGUUCUUCCGGAUUACCCAGAUGGGUUUAAUCCAAUGACUAAUCAGCAACUAGUGAGGCGCCGGAUGACCAAACAGUUUAUUGAAAACAACAAAGAUAAUCUGUUUGAGACAAGGAAAUUAGAAUAUGCAGAAAGGCGAGCAAGUCUGUACCCACGGGACAAUUAAUUAAAAUAAAACUGUUUUUGGAAUCCAAUAAUUCAACUCUGCUGAUAUAGUAGCUUAUUUAUCUACUUUGCCCACUCUUGAGUGUUGAGUUAAAAAAGCGCCAAAAUAGCCGCCUAAUCUUGUGCUGACAUCUAAAGCUGGAGUAUUUGGAAAUAAUCACUAUUUUUUGUACUGAAAAUAUGUAUAUUUUGUAUUAUAAGCAAUGGAUUCGGCUGCACUGUACUGCGCUUGCAAAGUCAUAAUAAUUGCAUUUCCGAAGCUAGUACAUAUGUAUAUGACAUCCAUCGUUUACACGUCAAAAAAAUUAUUUACUUUUUUGAGUAUUUCAUUGUGAAAAUAAGAUAUAAUAGUGUAUAAUAUAGUAUAAUAGCAGAUUAUUCGCUAAUAUUAACCUUGAG